CUUACGUGAAUCGCGCCAUCUUUGUUCUUGGCAGCAACGGCUUCAAGGAGCUUGUGUUUUCUUCUCGCCUUCCGGUCAGGAGAAAGCACUAGUCGAUUUUUUAUAUGACGUGCCCGCCGAAUUGAGGCUGUAAAAACUGUUUGAUGCUUGUCAGAAGUUACAAGAUAUUAACAAAGGUGAGAAAUUGGUUUGUUGUCCCGUUUUUAGUGCACGUUUUGUUUGGAUUCGUGCGUGAUUGAUCGGAUGAUUGAGUUCCUCGGAUGUUCGUGUCGCUAGUCGGGACAGUUUAACCCGAAUUCACGUAUUUUAAAUCUUUUCCCACGGCAAAUUUUGUCAAAAAUACGAUUAAGUGAUUCACGAGGUUUUCCACUCUAUAACAACAGGUAAAAUAUUGAAAGGGAAUGAAACGUGUUAUCAAACGUGUCAAGAAGCUUUUCUAUGGCGAUGUUUUUGUUGACUUAAAACCAAUUUUCCUUUCCAUGCGGAAUUAUACUUUGUGUUCAAUACAAAACACUACUUCAUUUACUAUUUGGGGUUGAAAAAAGUCCUAACUUUGCGCGAAAACUUGAAACAUGGAUUUCGCGGUCUUUUUGACAGGUACCUGAUGCGGCUUUCCUUCUGUAUGGUGUGUGAGCGUACCAACCUGAUUUCGGUUCGGCAUCGGUCACGCUGGCUCUAAUAGCCAUCAUUUCUAGCUUUCAACUUCAGAAUGGAUAAAUUUUAUUGUUUUUAGUAGAUUGAGUCUUGAAAAUUAUGAGAAAUCGUGCGAGAAUAGGUUUCGUGAGUUACAGGAAAUGUAUUGUGCAAGAGAAAUGGAUGGUUUGUUGAUGAAGGACCCAUAUUGUUUGCUUUAUCUAUGUCCGUCGCGUCGCUCACAGCGGUGCAGGUCUAACAUUCAGCUUUCUUCAAGACUUAAAUUUGUUGUUUUUGCCGUUCACAGGAACGUCGAUGGCUGGCCCAGGACGUUUUGUCGACAUAAAUCGAGCCACGACCGAAGAACUUGAGAGUUUAAGUGGAGUGGGAAGAACAAUAGCGAAGAGUAUUGUGGAAGUACGAACUGCCUUGGGCGGUUUUUCGAGUAUCGAAGACUUGAAAGUUAUCCAAGGAAUCGGAAAAAUUUUCUUUGAUGUCAACAAAAAUGGCUUGUGUUGUACACCGACGUCAUCUGUUACCAGACGCGAGACAAGAGGCUCUGCUAAAGCAAAAACUGGAAGACCCUCGUUAAAUAGAAGGUGUUCUCCUCCACGGACGUCAAGUAAGGGACAAAGCACACCAAAAGGAAAUGGUGGCGAAUCUGCGAAACGGAAACUUUCAUGUAGCAGUAGUCAUCAGUUUGAUGAUGAAGAAAGUGAGAAAACAUCACCAGAAAAGAAAUUUUGUACCCCAGCCCACAAGAGACUGCUAAAACUCCUUCCCCUUAGAAAUUAUGGGACAAUUAAGACUGCAACACCUCUGAUGAGUCCUGUUGACAGCCGCCGCAGACACAUGUCAUUCUGCGGCCAUUCCCCAGCAGGACUGGAUGAAUGGUUGCGCACAUUUCACCAGUGGUCAGUGGAGGAGCGGAAGUACGCUCUCGACGAAAUCAUUGAGACUUGUGAACCUGCAAUUGUGAGGCAUAUUAUGGGUACAAUUGAACCAAGGUUUCAGCGGGACUUCAUAUCUCUGUUACCAAGAGAGCUCGCUUUGUACGUUCUGUCAUUUUUGGAACCCAAGGACUUGCUGCGUGCUGCUCAAACCUGCAAAUGUUGGCAAACUCUUUGUGAUGACAACUUGUGAGUAGGCCUACUUUCUCUUUUCUACCUCAAGUCACCUUAAAAAGAAAUUGGUGACAAAUACAACCUGUUAACUUGGACAGGCAAAAUGGAAAACUUGUCCCGAACAAUUAAUUGUUAUACUUUCAUCUCUAUGAAGUACCAAAUCUUUAUACUGGAAUGUACAUACUUUAUAAGCACAUAAUAAACCGAUAUGUUUGGUAUAUGACUAGGUAACAUCGAAAGGAUAUAUGAAUGCAGGGCUGCAAAAUAACUUUCUAUUCUUAAAAGGACAUCUGUCCUAUUAAGAUGCCAUCUAGGUCGGACAAAACAAAAUUUUGGUCAGACAUCACCAUGCAGUCUUGUCAUGUUUGACUUUGGUAAAUGAUAUCUUUGGUUACAUUUGUAAACUUAUUCACUCAUAUCCUGUGCUUGUACAGAUAAACUAAUGAAUGACAGUGCAAACCCUUCUAAAAUGAGCCGGUUAAUUUUCCAGCAGAAACUUUUUGUCAAGUAAUGAAUAACAUAAUUAGACGCAUUGAGACAACAGACUACCACACUGGCGCUUAUAAUUUGUGAAUUGUUUUCAAUUCAUAGCAAACUUUUACCAUGAUGACUCUUGAAAACUAAGAACAAAAAGAAAAAUCUUGCUGCUUUUCUAAAAGCGUUAUGCUACCUUUCAGGUAAAAUAGAGGACCUACUAUGGUAAUGUAAAAGAAAAGUUCGUUACCCAAGUCAGUGUUGAUUUGUGACUUUGAGAUUGUCCUAACACAAAGUAAAAUUUACUCAAGGUAGAUUUUUAUUCUUCCUUACCGUAAAAUGAUUUCUGAUAAAAAAAUUCUCCGGACAUAAUGUCCAAAGACAGGUGGGAUUUCGUUGGACACAAGCAAAUUUUGGUCAACCAAUGGCCAAUUGCCGACUGUUAUUUGCAGCCCUGUCAGUGUUUUGUGAAUAUAUAUGUCUAUUUCCUUGUAUCAUGAAGGUUAUGAAUCUGACUUUUCUGUGUCUUCAUUUAAUAGGCUUUGGAAACAGAAGUGUAAGCAAGCAAGGAUAGAAGAAGAGCCACUAAAUCCUGUCAAGUGUGUCCGACGCAGAUCUAAUGGUUCACAACAGGUCAACCAAACUACCAAAGCUUUAAAUAGCCCAUUUAAAAAACUUUUCAUGACAAAACAACGUAUUUAUUGGAAUUGGAGGAUGGGACCAUUACGCCCAUCUAAAGUCCUCAAAGGACAUGACGACCAUGUUAUUACAUGUCUUCAGUUUUGUGGUAGUAGAAUCGUGAGUGGUUCUGAUGAUGGCACACUGAAAGUGUGGUCUGCCCUAUCUGGCAAGUGCCUCCGCACUCUUGUGGGGCACACAGGUGGAGUCUGGUCAUCCCAACUGAGUGGUAAUGUAAUUGUCAGUGGCUCCACUGAUCGAACACUCAAGGUUUGGAAUGCAGACACUGGACAGUGCAUGCAUACACUGUAUGGACACUCAUCCACUGUGCGCUGCAUGGACAUGCAUGAUAACACUGUAGUGAGUGGCUCCAGGGAUGGAACUCUAAGAGUUUGGGAUACAUCUUCUGGAAACUGUCUUCAUGUAUUAGUUGGCCAUCUUGCGGCAGUGAGAUGGUAAGUAGGAUUAUAGAUAUACAGUUGAACCUCCUUUAAGUGGUCACCCUGUAUUAAGUGACCAGUAAUAAAAGUCCCGAAAUAAUUGUAGAAAAGAAUGGGGAAUUAUACCUCUAUUAAGCGACUGCGGCCACCUUUUGGCUGUCCCAAGAGUUCUUGAUACACCUAGUUAGGCUUUAUUUUAAGAAUAUGAAGAAAGAAAAUACAGUCCACGAUAGAAUGUGACUACUGAUUGUGGACCAGCAAUGCUGCUCCUGUCGCAUGUGUGUUUCAAAAUAAAGUGAUGUUUCUGCUAAAGAUUAUAAAUUAUUGAGCAGCCAACCUCCAAUAAGUGGCCACUUGUUGGUACCCCAAGGGUGGCCGCUUUAUGGAGGUUCGCCUGUAGUCAUAUAUAUAUUUCUCCUCCCUGUUCUACAUCAGCAAGAAACAGAUCAUCCAUUUAUACUGUUUUCAAUGUAAAAAAUAUUGUGGUAGAUAUCCGUGAAGUGGUUUGUAUAUCAGGAAUUUCAAGGCCCAAGUUAUUUGAAAGACAAUCAGCACAAAGCCAGGCAUAACCACUAUGCCAGCUUGUAUUCUCUGUUACUGGAAACCAGGAAUUAGAGCUCACUGGGCUCUGAAAAACCUGCUGCAGAUAGUUAAGGUCACUGUAGACAACUGUAGCCGCAGGGUAUUUUAGAGGUGCUGAUUGACUGGAAAAUAAUUUUUGUAGUAGUUCACUCAGAUUUCCCAUGUCUAGUUUCAAUAGCUUUUUCAUUUGAACUUCUUGUUGUCAGAAUUACCUACAUAGUAAAUGCAGAGGUGAAUGCUUUUAGUUGGCCUUGAAAACAGAGUCAAUUAAAAGGUUUCUGUGCAAAAGCAGGAUUCAAAAAAACUUGAAUUCCAGCUUGCUCUUUGGGCCAGCUACUCGCACAUUUUGCUAGCCUGGGACCACUUCUUACUCAUCUUAGUUAAUGAUUUUGUUAGAAGAUAACUUGUCUGGUUGGGCAAGUAAGCUUUAUGAGUUACUUACCCCGUGAUAAAAUCUAUUUGUCCUGGACUACCAUGUAGGACUUUUCUUGAGCUCUGAAGAAAGGGAUGAGGUUUUAUGUUCAUGUAAGGUGAUUAUGCAACUUAUACAUAAGAUUUGACUGUUCAUGUACGUUAAGAAUUUAGAAAUGAGCAUGACUUGAAAGCUGUUCUGUUAUGUUUCCUAGUGUGAAGUACGAUGGUAGACGUGUAGUCAGUGGAGCUUAUGACUUCCUUGUAAAAGUUUGGGACCCAGAAACAGAACAGUGUAUACACACUCUACAAGGGCAUACCAACAGGGUCUACUCCUUACAAUUUGAUGGUGUGUACAUUGUUAGUGGUUCACUGGACACCUCAAUACGUGUAUGGCACGUGGAGACUGGUCAGUGCCUUCACACCUUAAUUGGACACCAGUCACUCACCAGUGGCAUGGAACUUAAGAACAAUACUUUGGUGUCUGGGAAUGCUGAUUCAACUGUUAAAAUCUGGGACAUCACUUCUGGUCAGUGUUUGCAAACCCUAGCAGGUCCAAAUAAGCACCAGAGUGCUGUUACAUGCCUGCAAUUCAACAGCCGCUUUGUGAUUACUAGCUCAGAUGAUGGCACAGUGAAAAUCUGGGAUUUGCGCACUGGAGAGUUCAUCAGAGAUCUUGUGAAGUUGGACAGUGGGGGUAGUGGUGGUGUGGUUUGGAGAGUAAAAUGUGAUGAAAAGAAACUUGUUUGUGCUGUGGGAAGCAGAAAUGGUACAGAAGAAACCAAGCUCCUGGUCUUGGACUUUGAUGUACAUGAUUAAUGUUUCAUUCCUUUGAAAAAUCUCUAAAUAAUUUUUGUGCAUUACCCUGAAAGUAAGACUACCUCACAAUUCACAUGGUGCCUUUUUGUAUGGAUUUGAAUAUAGAGUAUACUGACUUAAAAGAUUUCGACUCAUAAAUAGCUAUUGUUACUCUUUAAACUGGGUAGUUGAUUUUUGGGGAGCAAUAGGCACACAACAGAGUUUUCUUGUUGAUCAUAGUCUCUAUUGAGGAGUGGACGUCAGUGUAAAAGUCACAUUUGCCGUCUUGCAAUUGAAGCUUAGCAUUCACCAACGUUGGCUACUUGUAUGUAUGCACACAUUCAGUUUAUAAAAAUACACUAACACUAACAUCAACUCUUUUAUAUAUCAACUAAGUUUCAUCCCUUUGGUCCCAAUCCCAAUAUGUCCCAAAAUCACCUUUGUAAUAAAUGUUUAAUCAUACAAAUAGCAAAGUAGAAGAUUUUAUAGAAGGAAUCUUUUAGUUGAAUUGGAACUCAUUGUAUCAAACAUUAGCGAAAUAUAUAAAGUCAUGCAACAAAAUUAUUAUAUUGCAGACAUACAUGAUCUGUAAUGGUAGAGUUGUUGCUUUAGACUGCUUACAAAACAACUUCAGCAAAAGCUACAGUUCAUUGACUUUGUGAAUGAACUUGUUUAUCAUCAAGUCAAUCAAGCAAGGAGAAAUGCCUGCUGGCCAGGCAAAUAAAUAAAAUUCAAUUAUUGUAAGAAUUUAACAAAUGUAUCCAUCAAGGACUGUACAAAAAGAGUGACUCACCUCGAUGAGAAGUUACAAAAAUAUAUAUAUUUUUGACAGCAUUGAAAUAUCAUUAGAGCAAAUGUGGGAUAAUUUUGCUUGUGUUCACUGCUGUCAGCGUGUCUUUGUAUAUUGUUACGGGACUUAAAUGGCAUUGGAUAUUUUGUGGUAUCCUUAAGUAAUUUUUCAACUUGUGUUUUUGGAACUGGCAUCAUUUUCAGACGAUUGUGAAGUCUGUAAUAAGUUACAUGUUGGGUCACACAUCAAUGAUGGAAGAAAAUAAAGCUUAUUUUUGUACUAUCUGC